CUGCAAGGUCCCUGUGGAAAAGUGCUCCUCCGAUCAUUGGCUUAUCUGCAUCAAAUCUUCUGAAGCAGCAGGAAAUGCAAAAGAUUAAAGUUGUGGAUGUAAUGCGAUAAAAAGGUUCUUAUAAAAAGGCAAACACUCUUCUUCCCUGAAACAUACUUCUCACCUUCCAUCCACAUCCUCCUCCCCCAUCCUCUCUCAAUCAUGUCCAUUGCCGGUAUCUUCUUGUUCACCCGACAUGGUGAUCGUAUGGGAUUCUAUCAAUCACCAACAACCUACACAGCCAAGAACACCAACUUGACAGUCUUGGGUUACUCACAAGAAUACAAGAAUGGUCAAGAUCUACGUUCCAUGUACUUGAACGGAACAAAUCCAAUUCAAGGUAUCAAUGCAACCAGAGCAGAAGGUAAUCAACUUCGAAUCUCAGCAGAUGCAGGUGGUGAAGGAAGCGUGAUUGUCGAUUCAACAAAUGCACUUUUACAAGGUCUGUUUCCUCCUUUUGAUGAUACAAUCACACUGGCAAACGGACAAAAUGUUACCUGGAACCUGGCACAAUUAAUCCAAGUUCAAACAGUUACUUCUGAUGAAGAUGUUUGGUUUGAAGGUUGGACAGAUUGCAAUUCAUGGCAAACAAGAUUGAAUGAUUGGUAUGCCUCAAAAGAAUUCGAAGCACAAGCUGCAAUCGCAAAUCCAUUCUUUGAAAGUAUGCAAAACAUUUUGGGUACAGGUCGUCCUGCCACAUUGCAAAAUGCAUGGAAUCUGUUCGAUUAUCUCAACGUUGAAUCGAUCCACAACAGUUCCGUUCAAGUAACUCCUGAACAAUUGCAAUAUGCUCGCUAUUGGGCCAACUACCAUGAAGCAGGAAGUUUCACAGAUGUUGAUUUACACAACCCUGGUAACAUUGCCGGUCAAGCGUUCCUCUCUCCCCUUUUGACAGCCGUUCAAGAUUUGGCAAACUCAACUAACCCUCUCAAAUUUGGUUAUAUGUCUGCAUCUUAUAAGCCAUUCUUGUCUUUGUUCACCUUGAUGGGACUACCUUCUCCUUUGAACGAUACCGUUGUGGAUUAUGCAAGUGCCGCAGUGAUCGAAGUUCAUACGGAUAACACACUUCGAUUGUUGUUCAGAAACGGUACCGAAGGUGAUUUCGAACCUUUUGCCUUAUUUGGCAGUUCAAAUCCAAACUCAUACCCUGUUCAAGACUUUGUCAACAAGCUUGAACCGUAUGCAUUGAACGAUUUGUCAUCCUGGUGCAAUCAAUGCAGUACAACAAACGAACGUGGAUGUGAUACCCUUGCAGCAUUGAACGGAACAGGUGGUGCAGGAUAUGCAAGUGUUGAAUCAACAAAUGGUCAUCAUCGUGUUAGUCCAGUUGUGGCAGGUGUGAUUGGUGCAAUGGUCACUUUGGCAAUCGUUGCAUUCGCUUUGGCAAGUUGGUUGUUGUUAGGUGGCUUGGUCAAGAAGCAUAAACGUUCUUCUCGUGACACUGCUUCCGUCAGUACUAAAGCACCAUCUGAAAAAGGCCUAGAACAAAAGGUUUCUCCUUCGCAACAAUGAUAAGAUUGUAUACACUACUAUGCUAUGGAAUAUUUUAUUGAAAUGGAGACUCGAUCCAAAAUAAUU